CCAGAGUCCGUCGACUAACUUGGCCAGAAGCGAUUAAAUCAGAAAGCUUUGAAAAGUUAUUUGCACUUUGGUGAGAUCGCAAAAACUUACUGACAAAAAGUAACAUUUUUUAUACUGCCACAAAUCUCUAUUAGGCGUUUUAGUUUUAUUAAAUCGGCGUCCGUUAUUUAAAAGCCAUUAACCAUCACACGUAUAUGUUCGAAACUCAAUCAGCUUGAUUAGUUUUGCUUCAAACGAGAGCGAUUAUUUUACUCUUGAUGUAUCUAUCGUCAAUCGCUUUUCAUGUGGAGUUCAUUCAAUCGUAAUAAGCCGACGCCGUAUGAAUUUGUAACAGAAUCGCGACUUUGUUUGUAUAGUUUAUAGUAGAAUUCUUAAUGGUCAAUUUGGUACGCCUUGCUGUCAAUCCAUUAAUGACCAAUUAGAUUAGCUUCACUUCGGCAUUAUUCCGUAUUAGUUCUUCUCGGAUCAUCUUCCUUCGGAUCCGCUCAUCUCGGAGUCCCACGGUUUCUUCUUGUCGGAUCUUCCUGUCUUUCCUGUGUUUCUCGUUUCAAACAUCGCUCCUAGUCGUUCCGAGUCUACCCACCUUGUCGGGUUCCUCUGGUCUCCCGGCCGAGACAUGAACUGCAACUCGUGUGGUCUGCCACCCAAAAAACCCACCAAAUACGUGAGUUCGCUCCAGUUUAGUGCGGAAAAGAUUCUGAGGGGAACAAAUGGCAUGCCAAAGAGAAUGUUUUCUGCUACUCCCAACGGAGUCUUGAAUGGAUCCAUCAUCAAUGAAGAAGACGAUCAGGAGUUCGAAACUCAGUCUACCCGCUCUCACCACGGGAUGAUGUCUCCUCCCAAUGGCCCUGCCUCGUUACGGAUGGCGAAACAUCGCCCAAUCCACAACUCACUUCCCGAGGGGAUUGACAAUGUCGGGGGGUACUCAACUCCCCCCAAAUUGUGCAGUCGACACAUACAUGCACAAUCUCGCAUUCACGAAAAUGGCAUGCAGGAGAACGCGGCGUUGCGAGCCGAGAAAGAGUCGCUGAAAACUCGUUUGGAAAAUCUGGAAGUGCAGUUACGACAGGCGAGAGAAUCUGGACGGAACUCGGCGGAAGAAAUAACGAGGUUAAACUUGCUGUUGGAGGGCAAGUACAAGCCAAUGGAGAGGGAACUGCAUAGAGUGAAGAGUGACCUGCAGGGCUUCAAGAGUGAGAAGGAGUUCCAGAUCAACCAGGAUGCUAACACUCUACAAGAACUUCGCCGGGAGCUUGAAAGCACAAAAGAACGACUUCAGUUCAUAUUGAGGGAAAAAUCCGAAUUGGAGUACAUGAAAAGCGAAAGUGAACGAAAGUCACAUGGCUUAGAAGACGACUUGAAACGAGCUCAACGAGAGCUAAACACGAUGGAGAAAGAGGUAAACACAAAGGAGAAAGACGUGAACAAACUGAGAGAAGAACGAGACUCAAUCAUGGAAAUUUCCAAGAAAGAAUCAUUACGUAAUAGCGAAGAGAUCAGUCGAUUGAAGAAACUUUUAGACGAAACUGAAACUAAACUCAAAACUGAAAGUGUCAAUUUGAAAAUGUUUCAUGCGACCGAAAUAAAGAAAACUCAGAACCAGUUUACUGAAAACUUGAAUCGAGAGUUGAAGAAAAAAGAGGACCAAAUUUCAGAUUUGAAAGCAGAAUUGAAACAUUCCAUCGACAAUCUUGAAGAUUUGAAAAAAGAAAACUUGAAAAAUAGCUCAAACAGCGAAACUGUAGUUUUGCUCAGAAAAGAGAUCGAAAAAUGUGAAAAUGUAAUUCAAGAAAUGAAAGAAAAGGCAAUGAAAAAUGAGUCUUCCUGGCAAGACGAGCUUAGAAGGCUUCAAAAGCAGAAUACAGACCUGACCCAAGGAAUCGAGCUUGAAAAAGAACGUCAAGAAAACAGAAACUCGCAAAGAAUCUUGGAUCUCACAAAUGGCUUCAAAAGCAAAGAGCGAGAAUUGUACGAAGAGCUGAGCCGAGUUAAAGAGCAGUAUUCGAAAAACAACGACUCGGUAGUCCGCGAAUUUCAGCGAAAAUUCGUCGAAAAAGAAACGGAAUGCAACAACUUGAUGAGAAGCUUGCAGAAACUUGAAAAUGAUUUCGGAAAAGAACAACAGCUAUCGCUUUCGAAAUUGGAGAAAUUGGAAAAUGAUAAAGAAUACUGGAGGAAAAAGUUCGAACAUGAACAAAAUAGCCAGCGAGGAAAAAUCGAUGAAAUGAAAAAUUCAAAGGAUAGAGAAGUUGCAGACCUCCGAUCUCAAAUGCUGAACAUUGAGCAGCAAAAGAAUGAAAAAAUUAGAAAUUUGAAAGACGAGUUAGAAAAACUUCGAAAAACAAGUGAGUCUCAAGUUCAAAAACUUUCCGAUCAGCUGAGGGAAAACGCAUUCAAUUUUUCACAGGAGAAACGAGUUUUGGGUCAAAAACUUGAAAAAACUUCUGAUGAUUUGGCGCGGACGAAAGAUCAGCUGAACGCGGCAACAGUUCACUUUGAAAAGGAAGAAAAUAAGCUACAUACAAUCAUUAAAGACAACAAACAAAAUUACCUUGCCGAAAUCAAUGAACUGAAAAUUCAGUUUUCGAAUGAAAAAUCGGCUUUCACGGGGAAACUACAAUUAGCCGAAGAAAAACUCUCAACGCAGUUAAAAGAAUUUGACGCUCUUAAACAGGAAUCGGGAAAAUUAUCAGAGCUGAAAAAAGAAAUUAAAUCUUUGAAAGCCGAAGUUUCUACUUUAGCGAGUCAAAAACAACAAACUAUCGACGAAAAAGAAAGGGCGAUGAGAAUAGUAGCUGAUGAUCAUCGGCGAAAUUUGGACCAAUCAGAGAGGAGAAUCGGUGACCUUGAGAAUCAAACGGCCAACCAGAGGAAAGAGAUAAAGGGACUUCUUGACGAUAAAGAAGAUCUCAAUCAGCAACUUCAAAAGCUAGAGGUAGAAAGCAAACGAGAAUGGAACCUCAAACUACAGAACGAGAGGUUCCAACUUGAAGAAACGAUCCAGAAUUUGCGGAUGAACGAAGAUCAAUUAAGACGAGAGAAGCAGCGACUCGAAAUCGAAUUGCAAACCCAAAACGAACUAUCUUGGAGCUCAAAAGAUAAUGAAAUCAAGCAACUGAAGACGGAAGUUGAAAAUAUUCGAGCCGAGUUCGAACGAAAGGAAACUGACUUGGAAACGAAACGACGCGAAAUGCGAUUGGUCAACGAGCGACUCAACGAACAAGUUCGGCAAUCGGAACAAACACACGAGAAGCUUCUCGACGAAAUUCGAAGCCUCAAACUCGAUAAAUUGCAGUUCGGCGAAAGUAAAAAUUUAGCAAUAAAACAACUGGAACGGAGCGAGGAAGAAAAAUCGGAGUUGGAAAAACAAGCUAAAGUUGCCAUGGAAACGCUUGAAGCGGCAUUUAAUGAAAAACUGGCGCUUCUUCAACAAGAUAUGGCUAAAUUGAAGUUCGAAAUUCAAAAUCGUGAUUCUUCCAUUCAUGACAAGCUAGCUGAAAACGAAAGAUUGAAAUCGCAGAAUAUCGAAUUAGAAGAAACCUUACGUGUCACUAUGAUGAUCAUGAAAAUGAUGAAAGGCGCCAUCGACAAUUGAAGAUUUAAAAAACACCAUCAAUAUUGCAGCAUGAUAAAUUGUUCAUAUUUCAUUCACUUUGUACGAAUUGAUGAUAGUUUAAUUUUGAGGAGUUUGUGAUAGUUUUGCACGGAAAGAUUCCAUGUUCUAUAGAAGUUUAUGUCUUUUUCUGAAAAUAAAUGUGACAUCACUACAUGACGUCAUGCAUUCUUAUGCUAUAUUAGAUUACAUAAUUAACCUUGUUAAUGAAAUGAAGUUCAUACAUUUAUAUUUAUUUAACUAUGUAAAUAUUGAUGGUAAUUAAUACCAACCAUAGGAGAUUUAUACCGAGCUACUAAUCAAUUGGGUAGACUUGAACAGAAUAAAAUAUUACAAUCAUGCUCUAACUUGCGUCGAUCGACUAGCGAUAUCCCAGAACCACCAAUGAGGAGGAUCCUGAAGCCUGGCGGAGGAGGAAAUGUGUACAUCUCGAGAUACGAAAAAUCAACCGCACCACCCCAUGUAUAAACAUUAGGUAUAACACAAAUUUUUGAUCCCUCAAAAAUUUCAAGAAAUAACUACUCGAACUUUCACUGUGGAUCCUCAUUCCAGCACCCUAGGAACACGUGUACGAAGUCAGCUCACUAGCAGAUCAAAAUUGGGAAAGGUACAUUAUUUCGCGAAACUCCUAUGUAAUAAGAUAGGAAAAAACGAAAAAUAAAAUCGACGGAAUUAUUCGCUGAAAAUCCGAACUCAAAAGCUAAGAUACCGCCAGAAAUCACCCACUGCAACCGUUGAGACAAUCCUGACAGGCUGUCAAGCAAACUGAACAGUUUCUUAGAGUCUUAAAAGAUACGACCGGACCAAAAAUCUUCAAAAACUUUGAAAAAAGAGGGGAAUCCAUCCUUUAUCAUUCUGUCUGACGCUUAAUUUUGCUCAGUCGAACCAGCAAAGUACUGGAACAGCCAAUAUGAGUGAAGUGCAGCGACAGCAGAAGAAACCAAUUGAAAAAGACAGAUUCCGCAUCAUGAGACGUUGGUGGCCAAAAAGCAAAAAGCAUCGUUAAAAAAGUGGAAUUCUGACUUCACACAAAAAGAAGUGUAUCAUUGCCUGUCAGGGUGUCAGGCCACCAGAGGCAAAAAAUACCCAAAAGAAGAAGAUGACAAUACUUCUUAACAAUCAGAUGAUAUAUGAAACACACAGUGGCAACUUUUAAGCACGUACAACAAAGUACAAAUAGCUUUAUAAACUGUCAACUUCAACAAAAAGUGAAAAAUUCGACAAAACAGAUAACUGUUAAAUUGUUGGACAUCUAUUCGCAAUUGAAGAGGCCACGAAAAGACUGAAGUCACCUCAUUUGACAAGUUAACAACUAAUUCGAGCACCAAUGGAACAAAAGAAAUGACUAGUAACAAUCAACGAAAGAAGAGAAAAACGACGAAACGACGAACAAUAGUUUGCUACACGACACUACAGUACUUGCCGUGCAAAUUUAGUUACAGUUGAUAACUGACAAUAUCAUGGUAUCAUCAAAUUGACCCUAUCAUCUAUCACUUAACUCUCUUAACCCGACUCAAUGUGGCUUCCUAUCCCCAUUAAAAUAUUUCCCAUUUAAACUCAAUUGAAUUCUCUUUCACAUAAUGUAAAUUGAAG